AUGGAUGAUCUGCAGCCGCUUUCGAUAGCUACAAACUACCAACAACCGUCGUCCUAUGGAGCACCUCGGAGUUCCGGUCCCCUAUCUAAUCCCACAGCCACCGGAUCAAGGUUUUGGAAUGAGAGCCGCUACGACACGGACAACCUGGCAGGAGGGCUGAGCUUACAACAAGAGUUCUCACAGUUGAAAGCCGACUACUCGGCCAACAUGGAAAAGCUCAACCAGACCAUGAACAGCAUCAAGCAGUUCUGGAGCCCCGAGUUGAAGAGGGAGAGGCAGAUGAGACGAGAAGAAGCCACCCGAAUAGCCCAGCUGGAGCGCAUGUUGGCAGCUGCCGGCGGGAGUGCGGCCAGUGUUGUUGGAGGGAAUGCUGCGCUUCAGAUGGAGAUCGCUGCCAGAGACGACCGUAUCCGGCAGCUAACAAACAUGCUGGACGAGCAGGGUCCCUCUACGAUGAUGGCGGCAAACGAGAUUCGAUACCGUGAGCUGGAGCAGACUGUCGAACACCUUCAGGAGAUGUUGAAGCAGGCACAUGCUGGGGACGCUGGUGGCCGAUUCGCACUAGAGACAGCUUUGAGGAGGUUAGAUGAAAAGAAUGAGCGUCUUGCUCACAUGGAGGAGGAGCUGAAUCGUUAUCGUAACCUCCGUGCCCAGCAGCCUCGGGACUUCACUGAUAAAACUGUCACCAAGCACGACAUCGUGACGAUGAAGUUGAAGAUGGAGCGGAGUGAGAUCGAGCUCAGCGAGCGGAAGCAGGAGCUGGCUGGAUGUCAAGCUCGAAUCCGUGACCUCGAGGACGAGAAUAUGGAUCUGAAGUCGCAUAUGCACGUCUACCGGGAUAACACAUCGCAGCGGGACCAUACCAAUACAAUUCUUCAAGGAGACGUCGAAGCUCUCCGGAAAAAGCUGGAAGCCAAGAAUCAGGCCGUGGAGCAACGGGAGGCCACCAUCACCCGGCUCGAGAAGGAGCUUCGCGAAAGCCGGCAUGAGGCGUUGGAUCGACUCGAAAAUGUCCGCCAGACCGAGUUGCGAAUGACCCAGGUUGUCGGAAGAUUAGAUGGGCUGGAAAAUACGCUACGAGAAAAAGAUGCCGAAAUCGAUCGGAUGAAGCACCGACUCACUUCGCACCCAGAUGUCGUCAAGGAGAAGGAAUUCAACGACAAGAUUGAGAAACUAUCCGAAGAAAAGCGACUUCUCGAACGGUUAGUCGACGACAUCAGAAGAACUGGAGAUAAGGAACGGCAACUUCAGCUGGAAACCUACCAAAAAGAGGUGGAGCAGCUCAAGGGCACGGUCGACAACUUGCAGAAAGAACUAACGGAUCGCGAUAUUCUACUCGAAUCUCAAAACGAGAAAAUCGGAGAUCUGGGCCGGGAAGUGCAAUCUGCCAAAGAUCGACUCCAAGCUGCGAUGGUUGACAAGGGAGCCGACGAGUUGAGGAAGGAGGUGGAAGUCGCUCGCUCCGAGGUCGACAAGCUGCUCAAAAUGGUCCGCGCUCUCGAGAAAGAAAAUGCCCAAAUCGUCUCGCAGUACAAGCAGCUGCGCGGAACGGUGGAUAGAGAUGGCGCUGUGAAAGUUGAUGGAAGAACCGGGCUCGUCUCGUCGAAUCCGGUGCAGCAGCAUAGCCAGUUCCAGAAGAGAAUCGAAGAGCUAGAAGAAGCGCUCCGCGAAUCCGUGUCAAUCACCGCCGAGCGAGAGGUCCAUCUGGCCCAGCAGAAGCACUUGAUGCACAAUAUCUCACAGCAGCUGAAUGACUCCAAGCGCGAAGUGCAGGAAUUGAGGAGAAAAAUCGCAGAUACGGGAGGACCAGAUAGGGAAGCUACGAUGAGAGCUAUGGACGCCGAACGAAGACAGCAUGUUGAGCAGCUAUUGCAGUUGAAACAAGAAACACUAAUGGCGGCCAUCCAAGAAAAAGAUGCUCACUUGGCACUACUUGAAAAAGGUCGAGCUCCCCGUGAAGAAAUCGAAACGGUCAGAAGACACCGAGAAGCCCUGCUCAGCCAGAUGAAGCAGGAAAACGAGCGUCGUACCCUCAUGAUGUGCGCAGAUCCAUCUACUGUAGCUAGUCUGACGAAGCAAAUUGCGACGCAGCCAGGGCCGGUGAUCGGCGUCGGCGCUCCAAUUUUGCCACUAUCUUCUUCCUCCCACCCGAUCCACGUCCAACAGCAUAAUGCCCCGAUCGGAAUGCUGGGCCCACCGAGCAAGCCGCCGAGUCGGGCUGGUGACGUCAUGGUCAACUCUGCCGAGCUCGACGAGUCUGAAGGAAUUUGGGCU